AUGUCCACACCGUCAUCCUCGACGCGAAAACCCCCUCACUCACCGCAGGUCACUGCCUCCGUUGCCAAAUUUCGCUGUCUCUACAGCCAUGACCUCCGCCGCAAGUCGAAACGAUGGCACGACGGCCACCUGCGAUAUCAUAAGCAUAACAAGCGUGUGAUGGUCUAUGACGAUUCGGGCAACUUUAUUGGUGACCACCACUGGAGAUCUCUCGAUGAGGUUCAAGAUGGCGACGAAAUGGAAUUGGACAAAGGUGUGCUGAUUGAAGUGGGCGAAAAUAUGGGGAUCACGGAAACAGAUAUCAGCAACUUGUACGAGAAGAAAAGAUCAAGCCAGGGCUCACCUCAGAGCCGAGAUCCUGUUCCGUCAGCACCCUCUGCCUCUGCCGCUACACCGACGCCGCGCUACGGUGGUUCGUCCCAGUCAUACCGUUCGCUCAACGAUUUACUCGGCAUCAAGAAAACUCCUGUCAAUCCUUUUGCCUCCCCUUAUGAGCAGAGACAUGCUGUACCGACUCCUCCAAGAGUUUCUGGGCCCGAACCAGCGCCCAAGCGACAGAAGACAUCAGCAGUGAAUCAGCCUACGGAAAGCCCACUAUCUCAGGGCCAAAUCAUUGAUUUGACCGAGUUGAAUCCUGAAAGGAAUCCAACAAGGACAUCAAACUCAUCGGCCAGUCAAUUGACGCGAGCCGGUGGAAGAUCGACUCCCGAAACUUCAACAAGCAAUACGCAAGGUCCAGCCUUGUCGCAACGGGCAAACCCACCACGGCCCGAUCUUCAUACUGCAGCCAGGCGCCCGGUUCCGGCUGUGUCCCAGCCAGGCGCCAGUUUACCAUCGUCAGAAGGAUCAAGUCGCCCCAUACAUCGUCCUAUUCCGCCUUCAAGGCCCUCCAAUGGCACGACAACACCUGCGCCACCUGCACAAUCACGGAGAACGACCGGGACAUUCCCAGAGUCCAACCCCGCAGUGCCAUCAGAGCAAGAGCCACCCCGGCCUCGAGGGGCAUUGCGCGCACCUGAAACCUCGCGCAUUCGUGAGCAUCGACCAAAAGCUGCCCCUACCAAACCACCUGCGCCACCAAAACCACCUACUCCUCCCAGACCACCUGCACCUCCUAAAUCGCCUACGCAGAAGCCUGAUCUCCCUCCCUCCGGCACUGAUGUAUCAAUGACGGUUGAAGCACCCCACUCACGAGAAACCCCGGCCAGUAAGGAGCCAGCCAUCAGCUGCGAAGAUCGUCAACAGAGCGCGCAGCUGCCAACAAAACCCCAAGAACGCCCGUCAGUCUCAAAAAGCCCGCCCCUCGCGAGUUCAAAUGCUCCCAAUUCUCGACCAAAAGCUGCACAUUCAUCUCCCACGGUCUCUAACAGCGAACCUGAAAGCACCACCAAUGUGCCAACGCCGAGCAACAUGCCACCCCCAGCACGUCCAGUGUCGAGAAAGCCAUCUGAGACUACCCCUGGCGGACUUCGCAUGGGCGGCGGACGGCCACGCAAAAAGCUCAUGUACAGUGCCUUGCUACCCGGUGCUUCACGGACGCCUUCACCAACGACAUCCAGCUCACCUUUGGGUAGCGGAAAUGACCCACCUACCAUAGAACCCCAGGAGCCAGAUAUGAACUCUGACCUUGUGGGUCCAAUUGACUCCACAGCCAGUGACGAGUUCGUGCCCACCAGCUCGACACGGCUCAUUUUCGAUGAAAUCCUCAAUGGAUCAACGCUCAGCUCGUCGCCUCCAGCAGCGAGGGGAAGAAGAUCUCAUGAUUCAACGUUCCGAAAAUCAUUCUCAGAUCCAACUGCCUUGGCUGGCCUCCGGGGCAAUAGGGACCCUAUCACGGAGACUAACACAGACAAACGCGUGACGAAAGGGGCCUGGUCAUCUGAAGCAUUAGACUUGUUUGACUACUGGCCUGCGGGACGCGAAAAGCCGAGUGAAUGA